AUGGUUGGUGUUAUUAAAUUGAGCGAGCUUUCUAAGAAGCGUGCUGUAGACGAUGAGUCUGACAUCGAUAUUUUCUCCACGGACUCUGAAAAUGGUCAAGGAAGUGACCAAGAGCAAGAGAUCGUGAAUAUUGACUUUGACUUCUUUAAUGGUAACCCAGAUGUGGACUUCCACGCCUUGAAGAAUCUAAUGCGUCAACUAUUUGGGGCUCAAGAAUCGAAUAAAAUCCAAUUGAGUGAACUUGCGGAUUUAAUUUUAGAGUCACCAACGACUACUAUCAAGACAGACGGUAAGGAGUCGGACCCUUACUGUUUCCUUUCAUUCAUCGAUUAUAAAGCUAACAAAGACAGUGACUACGCAAAGUACUUGCGUAAAACCGACUCUAAACUAGCCUCAUUCCUACAAACGAUCGAUCAAUCCGAUAAGACAUGCUCCUUGGUUAUGAGUGAAAGGUUAAUUAACAUGCCUCCAGAAGUCGUGCCGCCAUUAUACAACAUCACAAUGGAAGACGUCAAACAGGUAUUAGGGGAUGACAAAAACUAUGAUUUCUAUGUGAUUGUCUCAAGAAAAUACGAAGUGAAUUUUGACAUGGAUGAAGAUGAUCUAACGUCGAACCAAGCUACUCGUAAGAAAGUUAGACAAACAAACGAAGUUGAUUACUUCCACGAGGAAGACCGUUUCUUCGAGAAAGUUGCGAAAGUUCACGUAGACUCUGAAUCAAGAAAAGGUCUCAUAACAUCAUAUAUGGUAUUGGACCACGCGGGUUUAGUUAAAUCCAUUCAAGAUUUGGAUGCUGCCAUAAAGACGUGGUAA